UGAAGGAGGAUUGAAGCGGAUUAUUGGUAGAUUACAGGUACUCGGCUGCUCCGUCUUCAUCCUUUCUUCCACCCCUUCAUAAGCCUUGGCUUUCUGCAAGAGAAAACUUGCUUUGUCUGGUGAUAGGCGGAAGUGAGCAACAGCGGUUUCCUUGGAAACGGUGUGUGCAGAACCAGGUCCUCACCAUGAUGUCAGAUGGGUGCAGCGAUGGAGGCAAAUGGCUGGACGCUCAUUAUGAUCCUGUUGCUGGUCUCCACACUUUCUCGUCCUGUAUGGACCUGGCAGACCUCAGUGGUGAUGGAGAGACCCGGCUGGUGGUUGGGGACCUGGGCUCAGGUUCCACUGGCAUGAAACUGAAGGUGUUCAGGGGCACUGCACUUUUGAGUGAGAGCGUCCUGUUGGACCUGCCUGCUGGUCUGGUGGCAUUCUUUAUGGACUUGCACGAGCCACGAAUCCCGGCUGUUGCUGUAGCCUCUGGACCAUGUGUUUACGUCUACAAGAAUCUACGACCUUAUUUUAAAUUCACUCUGCCAGGCCUGGAGGUCAAUCAACUGGAACAGGAUGUGUGGCAGCAGGCGAGGGAGGGGCAGGUUGACCUACAGACACUUAAAGAGACGUUGGAGGUUUUAAGGACAAGCGAAGGUGUACCAUUGACUCUCCGCUCACUUCAAGCCCUUAGCCUGGACCCUCAAGAUCUUAAGGAGUUUGUUGACCUGCAUAAGCAGCAGCCUCUCAGGCGACAGACGGUCAUCACAUGCAUCAGCACAGUGAAGAAGAGCACAGCGGAUGAAGAUGGUGUCAGCUGCCUCCUGAUUGGUACAGAGAGCUGCCAUGUGUUUAUCCUGGACCCCGAAGCCUUCAUCAUACUUGCCAAGAUGUCACUUCCUGCCCCACCUACUAUGAUGGAUGUGACAGGACAGUAUGACGUUGAGUUUCGCAUCACUGUUGCGUGUCGAAACGGAAACAUCUACAUUCUUCGCAGGGAGUCUGACAAACCCAAGUAUUGUGUUGAACUGUCGAGUCAUCCGGUGGGUCUGGUACGAGUAGGCAAAAAUGUUGUGGUUGGCUGCAGUGACGAGACCCUGCAAGGCUUCACUCAGAAGGGAAAGAAACUCUGGCGCACGGUCCUCCCUGCCCCUAUCAACACAAUGGCUGCUAUGGACCUGCCUACUAGGGGUUUCCAAGCUGUCCUCGUAGCGCUGGCCAACUGUGAGGUCCAUUUGUAUCGUGACAAGAACCUGCUGAGCACCCUCAAGACUCCUGACAUUGUCACCAGCAUCUGCUUUGGUCGCUAUGGCCGUGAAGAUGGGACCCUCAUCAUGACCACCAAGGGUGGAGGUCUGAUAGUAAAGAUCUUAAAAAGGACAGCGGUGUUUGAAGAAAGAGAUUCAGCUCCUGGUCCUCCCCUGGCCCAGAGUGUUCGGCUCAGUGUGCCCAAGAAGACCAAGCUGUACGUGGACCAAACCCUCCGGGAGCGUGAGAAUGCUGUGGUCAUGCACCGAGCCUUCCAGAUGGACCUGACACGCCUUCGACUUGCUGUUGCCAAGGCCUACGUGACAGCACUGGAGUCAAGCCUUACUCCAGUGUCGUCGAGCCUCACUGAACCACUCAAAAUGAACGCUGUCGUCCAGGGCGUUGGUCCGUCCUUCAAACUCACUCUCAAUGUGCAGAACACAGCAGCAUGUCGGCCUAUCAUGAACCUCGCCAUAAGUUUCUUAUAUGACCAGAACCUGUACCGCGUCCGUACUCCUUACCUGAGGAUCCCUCUGCUGGUACCUGGAUUGGUGUACCCAGUGCAGACGCUGGUGGAGUGCACUAGUGACCGUGGAAUUUCCGACAUUAUUAAAGUGUUUGUGCUGCAUGAGGACAACAGCUCACCGCUGCUCACAGCACACAUCAACAUGCCAGUUAGUGAAGGACUAGUCAUUGCAUGACCCAUGAACCAAAGACACACAUAUAUAUAUAUAUAUAUAUAUAUAUAUAUAUAUAUAUAUAUAUAUAUAUAUAUAUAUAUAUAUAUAUAUAUAUACACACACACACACACACAUGUUUGUGAUGUAUUUGAAUAGAAU